AUGUCAACCUGGAAGGAGGACGAAGUAAACAUAGUCAAACAACGACUGAGAUUAAAAAAUGGAACGCUCACUAAAGAGGACUUCGACAGCAUCCAACAGCAAAUUCCAACCAGAUCGGUAGCUGCCAUAAAGAAGAAAUACCUAGAGCUAAAAAACAAUGGUGAAACACGUACAGUAAGUAGUAGAUGGAGCCAAGAGGAAACAGACAGAUUGAUACGUGCUUACGUCUCAAGAACGGAAACACAGGUAACAAAAAGGGUCCAAGCCAUAUUAAACGACUUCCCUGGUAGAACUCUUAAAGGAAUUGCCACAAAACUACGUGAUCAAUAUCCAGACAUUUAUUAUAUGAGGAAUAGUACACCCGAGCCCCCUACAGAACAGCAUUCUGACAACACACAAUACACGCUAGAUUCAAGGCCGGAUACACCAGACAAUACACAGGAACAAACAGAUCACACAGAAAUUCAAACCAAUCAUGAAGAAAAUAUUAAAGGGGAUGAAACAAGAACAAUCAACCCACCUGAACCAACAACAACAACAUCGUACGAUUCACAUUACCAACGCAGUAGUCGAACAUGUAACCAAAAUUCAGAGGUUAACCAAUCGCCCGGGGGCGAAGUUCAAAAUAUAAACUCCGUACCCCCCGACGCAUUUGCUUCUGAAAGCGAUGAAUUUUCAGUUAAUUUGAGACAGAAGUUCGACAGAAUGAUCAAAUCGAUAGGGAAUCGUAAGGAGAAAAUCAGGAAGUUCCACCUAAGGCCAACAAACUCUUCGAUAACAGAGAAAGUCAACAAUAUACUCGAAGGAAAAAUUACUCAAAUUGAAGAUAACACACAGAACGAGGUCGAAAAGAGAAAGCGUAUAAAAAACGCUAUUUAUAUAGCCGGAAUUUUGUUGAGGAAGACUGUGCUGGGAAAAAAUGAACAUCGCAGACCAAAGUACCUGAUAACAGAGAAGAAAAUAAAGAAGCUGAACAACCACAUUAAGAAUGCUCGCGAGUUGGUGGAAAAAAAGGGCGAAAAGCUGAGUAGAAGGCUCAUGGCGGAGGUGAAAAUGAUGAAGAAGCUAAAACUAACCCCAAGGCAGUACAUAAAGUCCACAGAAGAGAGAGCCAAAAUUCUCGAGGCCAAGCUGGAGGAGCAGAAGAAGAGAGGCGAGAUCAACGACCUCAGGGCGAGGUUCCAGAGCAGGCCAUCCAUCGAAACCCUGAGAAGCAGCAAUAGGCGAACAAGUGAGUUGACAACGAAAGACACAGAGCACUUCUUCCAAGAUCUGUACCGCCAGGAAAAGGGAAAUACACCAACACCUAUUUUCAACAAAUUUCUGAGAGAACUGAAAAGCCACGCAAGGAAAUCGAAAUACGAAAACCAGCUGGAGAGGAGGAAAAUUGAGCAGGAAGUUGACGGCAUCUUAAAAAACGUAGCUCCAUGGAAGGCCCCAGGGGAAGAUCGAAUACCGGCAUAUAUUUACAAGGUACUGCCAGCAGCUCGAAACUACCUGAAAAGACAAGUGACCAGACUUCUUAACAACGAGACGAAACUACAUGAGGCAGAUGUCCGUGCAAACGUCAUCUUGGUGCACAAAAGUGGGGACGAGACAAAUCCAGCCAAUUACCGACCUAUAUCGCUGCUUAACGUAGAUUACAAGAUAACAACUGCGGUAAUUGCAAGCAUGAUCAAACGCUCACUCCCCGACUUCGCUAUACCUGCCGAACAACUGGCCAGAGACCAAGUUUGGGGCACGGUCCACGGGCUUCUACUGGAUAAGAGCAUAACAGCACAGUCAAAACUGAACAGGACCAAGAACUACUCGGCAUGGUAUGACGCAAAGAAGGCCUAUGAUUCCGUGCACCACAGAUGCCUCAAAAGGUUGAUUGACUGCCUCCCUUUACAUCGGCACAUAAGAAACCUACUUAAGAGAACAGUUAAACUGUGGUCUCUCAGGGUUCAGUUGGAAAAAAUUAAAACAAGACCCAUAAAAGUCCAGAGAGGCCUAUUGCAGGGAGACUCAAUGAGCCCAAUCCUUUUUGUACUGAUGAUCGCAAGCGCCAUACUACAUAUCCGCUCAAAUCCACAAAUAUGCAAAGAAACCAGAGGAAAACACCAACUUAUAGCAUUCAUGGACGACUUCAAGUGUCAUUCUCCGACCGAAAGCGGCAUAAAGUUGAUAACAGAGCAACUAAUAAUAGCCUUGAAGGAGAUUGGCUUGGAGUUGAAUACUGCCAAAUGCGGCAUAUAUUCCAGAGAUGCUACACACGGACCACAUGAGGAAAUCAAUACCCCGUUCCUACCCCUGGUUAAAGAAGGAUACAAGUACCUUGGAUUGGAACAGCUAGAGCGCGAUACUGCCGGAAAUUUUGAGAAAGCCCAGGAAAAAUUAGAAGAAAGCAUUGACACUAUUCUGCAGUCCGACCUUACAACAACCCAAAAGGUAUACCUCAUAAAUUCCACGGCGGUACCAGCAGUGGUAUAUGUGACAGCCAACGCGUAUCCUGAUGAAAAGCGAAGUACAACGCUCAAACGCUGCAGAGACCUUGACACAUUGAUACGCAAAAGACUCAUUCAGCACAAGAUGAAGGGAACGACAGCCUCGAAUUCAUCAGUCUAUUUGCCGAUCAAAAAAGGAGGAUUGGGAAUAAGGUCCGUCGAACACCAGACAGAAAUUAGCUUUGUCAAAAAAGGUAUUUAUUUGACAAAAAACCAGGAAAUGGCAAAAUGUUGCAAAACAUACGAACAGCUAAAAGAAGCAGGCUGGAGAAACCCCCUGAGCGACAUGGAAUUCGUCCUGGAGAAGUAUGGAGUGACUGUUCAAAACGAGGAAAACAUCAAAAAAUGCUGUAAGGAUACGACUACAAGAAUAAUCGAGGUUAUCCACAGGAGACUACAGGAGGACUGGUCCAGGAACAUGCAUUAUGGCAAACUCGUAAAUCAAGAGGGAAAUAACAUCUCCUUCCCUGCCUAUUCCUCCCCCUUCUUAGACACAUGGAGAAGAGGAGUGCUGAUGUCCGCUACAGAAGAACAACUUCACGGGCUGGGCUCAUUACCAAUGAGAAGAAACUGCAGAAGAGGAUGCAACCAUGCCGAAACAGCUUACCAUGUCUCUGCUUCAUGUAUCUGCAACGAAUAUACCACCCGGCAUGACAAUGUGGUGUAUUGGACACUUAAAACGCUGCUGACGAGUCUGAGAGCCCCGAACAACUAUAUCAGGAACCUCCAGUUCGGACAAAGUACGUGUAGAGUAGAUUUCGAGGCAAACAACAGAAAAGUGAGUAUCCAGGCAGGACAAAAGCUUUUGACUGAGAGGAGGCUUUAUCACAACAAACCAGAUAUCCUUGUUAAACUCACGAAUCCUAGCGAAAUCUUCAUCAUCGAAGUGGCGGUCUCCCACAUCCAGAACUGGAGGAAUCAAGAACGCCUCAAAAGAACUAGGUAUGCCGUCAAUUCCGUGAAGCACAUAACAGAAUUCAACCUGUCAAACACCACCCGAGACCUCAACAUUGUCACAGAAUUGGGAGCAACCUACAGAUGCCCAGUCAAAUUGGCAAUUUUCGUAGUCGGAUGUUAUGGCGAAUUGAUUGCGACCGAUGAGCAUAAACAGUUCUGUGAGAUGAUGAAGAAGAAACUACAGGUUUCCAAUCGAAGCAUGAGAAAUCUCCUCAACCACGCGACCUACAGCGUGGCAGUCUCAACCAGCAACCUACUAAUGAAGAGACUGAACGAACCUACUACCUGUGAUAGAUAA